GUCACAGGAGCCACUGCUGAGUCUAGUUAUUUACUGUUUUUCCAGGUAGUUUUUCCUUUCUCCAUUGCUGGUGUUGGAAUGGUGUUCGCAGGCGUCGUUCUUGAUUUGGUGCAACACUGGCGACUUUUCAAAGAAGUCCCUGAGAUAUUUAUACUCGUUCCCGCUCUUCUAGGCUUGAAAGGAAAUCUGGAAAUGACUUUAGCAAGCCGACUUUCAACACUGGCCAACCUCGGACACUUGGAUUCGGCAUCACAGCGAAGAGAAGUCGUCUGUGCAAACCUGGCUUUGAUACAGGUUCAGGCUACUGUUAUUGCUUUCCUGGCGUCAGCAUUUGCAAUGACUCUUGCGUGGAUCCCUAGAGGACAGUUUGACUGGUCGCAUGCUGCUCUUCUCUGCGCUUCAUCUUUGGCUACCGCAUGUGUCGCUUCGCUCGUUCUUAGUAUAAUUAUGGCUUUGGUCGUUGUACUUUCCAGGAAAUACAACAUCAACCCAGAUAACGUGGCUACGCCCAUUGCCGCUUCUUUAGGCGAUCUGACAACAUUGGCUGUUUUGUCGACGUUUGGCAGUAUAUUUCUAGACGCUCAUCUAACGGAAUCUUGGUUGAAUGUCGCUAUCAUUGUAGUGAUUUUGUUAAUAGCCCCUAUCUGGAUUCGACUUGCUCUCCGUGAUGAGGGGUCAAAAGAGGUGUUAUCUAAAGGAUGGUCACCCAUAAUUUUCUCUAUGUUAAUGAGCAGUGGUGGUGGUUUUAUUUUAGAAAAUGCUGUUCGCCAAUAUCCUAAUGUUGCUAUAUUCCAACCGGUAAUCAAUGGUGUUGGCGGAAAUCUAGCAGCUGUUCAAGCAAGUCGACUUUCGACAUUUUUCCAUCAAACAGGAUCACUUGGACAGCUACCAUAUGAUUGGAGCAUUCAGCGUUUCCUCAGUGUGAAACGCGCUUUUUUCAGCAAAGACUCGGAUUCUCGAUCUGCUCGUGUUCUUCUAUUUCUUGUUGUGCCUGGACACAUAGCUUUCAACUGGCUCAUUCGCGUUUUUCAUUUCGGUUCCAUUGUCCCACCCCAUGGUGCUCUUUUCACAAGCCUGUAUCUGAUAGCGGCUUUAACUCAGGUGCUUAUACUCCUUUACAUAUGUCAGUACAUGGUUGCGGUGAUGUGGAUUUGGCGGAUAAACCCUGACAACUCCGCGAUACCCUACCUCACCGCUCUUGGUGAUGUCCUUGGCACAUUAUUGCUGUUUUUGCUAUUCUUGUUCCUUGAUAGCGUCAAUUCGAAGGAGAUAUUAGUAACCUGA